AUGAACGAAGGAUUUGAGAACAACUUGACUCAACUGUAUGACAACUGGACAUUGUACAACUCCUCUGUGGAGUCUGUCAUACCCAGGAACAACAUCACCUAUGUUGGAUUUUACCUGCAUCAGCCAUCCACAGCGGCCAUCUUCAUCGUUUCCUACCUGCUUAUCUUCCUCGUGUGCAUGGUGGGAAAUGGAGUGGUGUGUUUCAUUGUGCUCAGGAGCAAAAACAUGCGGACUGUCACAAACUUGUUCAUCCUCAACCUUGCAGUCAGUGACCUCCUGGUUGGGAUUUUCUGCAUGCCCACCACCCUUCUCGACAACAUAAUUACAGGAUGGCCUUUUGGAAGCCUGGUCUGCAAAAUGAGCGGCAUGGUUCAAGGGAUCUCUGUGUCAGCAUCUGUAUUCACUCUGGUCGCUAUUGCUGUUGACAGAUUCAGAUGCAUUGUCUACCCAUUCAAGCAAAAGCUGACUAUAUCCACAGCUUCGUUGAUAAUAGCCAUUAUCUGGGUUCUGGCCAUAUCCAUUAUGUGUCCCUCUGGGGUGAUGCUACAAGUGACCAAGGAGCAAACCAUUCGGGUGCUACUGGGCUAUGACAACAAAACAAGCCCGUUUUAUUGGUGCAGAGAGAACUGGCCAAACCAGGAGAUGAGGAAGAUUUACACCACUGUCCUGUUUGCAAAUAUUUAUCUUGCUCCUCUUUCCCUCAUCGUGAUCAUGUACGCCCGGAUUGGCAUUACGCUUUUCAAAACAGCAGUCCCAACAGGAGGAAAGCCGGGCCACGACAGCCGCCACACCGUAUCAAAGAAAAAGCAAAGGGUGAUUAAAAUGCUUCUAAUAGUUGCUUUGCUUUUCAUCCUUUCCUGGCUGCCUCUAUGGACCCUCAUGAUGUUGAGCGACUAUGCCAGCCUGACUGAGCAGCAGUACAGAAUCAUCAACAUUUACAUUUACCCCUUUGCCCACUGGCUAGCCUUCUUCAACAGCAGCGUCAACCCCAUCAUCUACGGUUUCUUCAAUGAAAAUUUCCGCAGAGGAUUUCAAGCUGUGUUCAAGUUCAGCCUGUGCACAGCGGAUGGACAGCGGAGAAAAACAUACUCGCAUAGGCUGCAGGGAAACUCUGUGCUCCCAGCUAAUAAUGCACAAACCUCACUGGAGCCUAUUUCUCUCAACAGCCUAGAUAAGAACUCUUCCAGGCGACUCAACCAUGUUACUGAACAAGACCUAGUCAUGGAGGACCUAGAGAAGGCAUCGUGCAGCAGCGGGGGUGUGACAGCAGUGUCGAUUUGAAGAGACACACAGAGACAUUCUUCUAUGUGAUAAGCAAAGGUGUUCACAUUUCAAGAAAAUUACCCUUGUGAUUCAAACUCAAGUAAUCCACUGAGUUGAAGUCAACCACAAGACUUAUAUGAAUAGAUCUUAGAAGCUGACGUUUAUGUAUAAUUUGCUCAAGGCAAUUUUAACACUGUCAAAAUAGACAGGACAGACAUGGGGAAAAAUACAUGUAAAGCAGGAAUUUAUCCUUUUGAGUAUUCUGCACCACUUACAAACAAUAAAUGCAGCAACAGUGACACCUCACAGUGUUUUCUGCUGAAACAAAUACAUGUUUGAAAUGAACUUUUAAAUUACCAGCCUGGUUGGUGAUUUUUAUUUAUCACCUUUAAGGCACACAAUGUAUUUUGCACAUAUUGUGCCAUGUUAAAAAUGGAAGCAGGUUGUGCUUUUAGAACUGUAGUUAUCAACAAAAAGAACACAGGUCUCGUUUGCUUGUGCAUAAUUGACCUGUUCUGACUGAUUGAUAUUGCAUUGAUCACAGGCUAUUGUUCUGCUUUUUAUGACACUCCUUAUAAAACCUGUAUGUAUAAAUGUAAAAAGAUGCAUCAAACAUGCAUGUGCUGUGAUGUUUGCAGAGCAGUUUUCAAAAAUGAAGUCAUGUAAUGUUCUUGUUCAUUGUUAGAUUUAGGGAUGCACCAUAUGCAUUGGUGCGAUAAUGGCUAUCAGCAAGAAACAAAAUUACACCGAGUAAAUAGAACCGAUAAUACAAAGCAAGAUUGCAUUCAUUGACUUGACAAGCACAGAACCGCUGUUGCAAAUGUGGACGUUUUUCACAUUUUCAGAGGAAGAUAACAUGAUUGCUCCCAUCUUCCCUCACUCAUGAACAAGACCCCAAGAUACUUAAACUCCUCCACAUGAACAAGAUCCCAAGAUACUUAACUCCUCCACUUGAGGCAGGAGCUCUCCUCCGACCCGGAGGGGGCAGACCACCUUUUUCCGGUUGAGAACC